GGGCGGAGCGGCGCCAUGGCGGAGGCCGCCAUUCUGCGGGUGGUGCACUGCGGCUCCGCCAUCUUCUGCCGGCGCGCGCCCCCGCGCUGCCCCGUGUGCGGCCGCCCCCUGCCGGGCGGGCUGAGGGGCGCCCCCCUGCGCCUGCCCGCCCCCUUCCGGCACGGGCACCGCCAGCCCCGGAGCUUCCUGCUGCGGCCCGCGGCGCCCAGAGGCGGCUUCCGAGGCUACGAUGGGAACUCUGAUCUUCACGUUGGAAUAACCAAUAGUAACGGGGUGGUGUAUAAUUAUGAUGAAGAGGGCAUCCACAGAGAUGAAGCUGGAUGGGAAGAGUGCAUCAGUAUCCCACUGGUCCAGCCGGACAUGUUUGAGCUUCUUGAGCAGUGGGAUAAGCUCCUAGAGGAGUUUUCAGUGCGAGAGGCCUGGCUUCCUCACAGGUAUGAUGAAAAAGCCCACAACUGCUACACAUACGCACUGGCAUUCAUUAACAGCAUCCUGACCACCCUUGGGAAACAGCAAAUGAGCAAGAGUGAAUUCACAGAGAGAUUUGUGAUCCCCCACACAAAGAGAGCUUCCAGAUACAUCACUCUGCAUCAGGAGCUGACAGCUAAGGAGUUCUACAUCGUACCCCUUCCUGAGCAAGAAAAGCAGUGCUCAAAAUGACAAGCUGCUCUAGUCAAACUUUGCAACAUGCAAUAGGAAAAGAAGUCUUAAAACUCCACAACUCAGGGUUUCAGAUGGAUGGUGGAUUAAUGCGUUUACAUGGUAAGCUGCACAUCAUGAAGGACUGGGAAACAACUGGUGCAUUUGAAUGAAAUAGACACACACACACACACACAAAAUAUAUAAAUGCUAUAGAAUAUUCCUAUAGGAACUAUCCAUAUGGAAAACCAUCUUCCUGUCUGCAGUCAUGACAUGCUGUCUUCUGCCAAGACACUUAAUACCAGAAAUCACAACUGCUGUGUAAUCGAGGGGUUUGACAAAUGAACUGUAGUAAUUUAAGACAUAGCAAACCAAAGUGUUGGGUUUUUUCCUGUCAGAGUUGUUUACUGGGGAGUGAAAACAAGGGAAUUAAUGCUUGCAUGCUGCUGGAAUCCAAAGUCCAUGAUUUAAUGCAGAUUCACUGCCUGCAAAGUUAUUUUUCCUUAAUCGCUAACAAAUAUAACAAAUAAAUCCACCCUCUUUGCCAGAUGUAUUUCUCUUCCAAUUCUUUACAUUGUGCACAUUUAUUGCUCAAACCAAGGCAGAUGCUUAGUAUAAAAGAUAAUUUACUGCCUGCAUCUCUUAGUGUCUGUAACAAGCAACAAACUGCUCAGGAUUUAGCUCAAACUCUGUAACGUAACAAAAAGAAACAUAAGAAAUUAAAUAUCCUCCAACAGCACUUCCACCUGUUGUACAUUACACACAAACGUAUGCUGAGGCCAGAAUUGUGCAGUUCAGAAUCACAGAAUGAUUUGGGUUGGAAAGGACCCUAAGAUCAUCCAGUUCCAACCCCGUGCCAUGGGCAGGGACACCUCACACUAGAGCAGGUCACCCAAGGCUCUGCCUAACCUGGCCUUGAACAGUGCUAGGGAUAGAGCAUUUACCAUGCAGCCUUCUCUUCUCCAGACAAGUUUUUUAGCUCAUCUUCAUAUGGGAGAUUGUACAAUUUUACUUUGUUUCCUUAUAUGCUAGUUUAAGAAAAUAAUUCCAUCUUUUCUUCUACUAAUAUCUGCAAAGCCAGCUGGUGUUAGUCUAGGUGUAAGUCCUAUUUUCUCAAAGAUGGAGGAGUAAUCAUAAAUGAUGGGGGUUUUCUCCACAUCCAGUUUGUGCUUUUUUAUACACCAACUGCGUUAACCUUGCCCCUCCAAUACUCUCUAGCUGCACACACAUUUCACAGACUUUCCUCUGUGUUCUUCCACUUCUUGCUAAAGUCUAGGUGGUAUUUCCUUUAAAAGGAUAUUUAAAAAGCACAACACUAUUAGCCAGGACAAUGAGCCCCAGAUGUGCAGUUCUGCUGCUAGAGACCUCCCGUUCACUUACUCCAUGAUCAGAUUUCUUCAGCUAGGAUUUGGCUUACAGAAAGAAACGAUGGUGUGCUAUUUCUGAGUGACUCCAAAUCCCCACUUCGUUGAAGUACUGCAUUUGAAUUGGCAGAAUACAAGUACAAUGGUAAGUACUAUGGUGCAACUAUUAAUGUGAGGUACUUGGUAGAACAGAACUGAAAUAUGAAGUACCAUCAUCUACAGCUAGAAAUAAAACACCUUGCCAUAUAGUCAACACAUACAUACCUGUUCAGCUUGAAAAAGCUAUUGUGCAAUUAACAUUUUCACUUUACAUCCUUCCAAAGUAUUAAAUGAAAGCAAAGAUUAGAAGAUCCUCCACUUUGAGGUGCACAUAGCUUCCUGAAUUCAUGGCAUGGCUUUACAACUAAUACUGCCUCAGUAAAUGACAUUGUGGUUUGGUAGAAACAGCCUGCGUUGACAGAACUUCCACCAUCCCUGGAAAGUUUCCUGUACCCAGGAGGCAACCCCCCUUUUAUAGUGAAUGAAAAGAGCACAGAAUCCAGAACUGUGUCACUCUGAGCAGCUGUCAUUUAUCCUUACUGCUGUAGCAAAUGUGUUCUUUCAAAACACAGUGUGUAUGUGUGUGGAAGAAAAAUCCUAACAGCAUGGUGAAGCAAGGAAGCCAAGAUGGAAUUGAAAUGCCUGAAUCUAAAGCAGCAAUACUUACAAUGCAGUGUAGCUGAUGCUUACUUCUUGGCUUUUCUUGAAAGACAGCUGAGUACCUGCUGGGUGGGUGGCUGGUUUGUUUUACAGAGGUAGCUUAGCAAUAGGAAAUACCACAUUUGCACUCCAGAUGAUUUAAGUCUUACAAAAAGGUAGGAAAGACCUCAGUGCUGCUCCACACCUCCCUUGGUACAAAACACAGCAGUGCCUCCUAGUAUGUGCUACAACAAAUGACAGGCCAGGGCACAGAGAGCUACGAGUGCACUAUGAAAAUAAACUUACAGACUGCUGCAGCUGCUGGAUGAAAGGGAAAAAGGCAGUGAUGAAACUGCCAGGCUAGAGAGACUGACUUCCUCUCACUCACUCUGCAAACCUUCACUGUUUUCUGCAUAGCAUCAAAAGAAAAGGGCACGAACUUGUGGCUGGGGCAUCUUGCUGUCACGGGGAAGGUCACGUCCUUACUUUCAUGGAGGAAUCUUACCCUGCAAAUCCCAAAGAGAGACAAAUACCUUACCACAUGGGGAAAGGUGCCUAACACCUAACUUUUGCCCCAGAAUUAGUUUAAAUCCUUGCACAUUCUGGGAAGACUUCCUCAAUUCUGAGCACUGUCUGUGAAAAGAAGCCACUAAUCCCAGCACUUUGGCAUAUAAGAGCAACGUGUGACAAUGUUCACUACUGUGACAACCGUGCCUCUCCCCACAUCUAAGUUUGUGCAACUUCAUCAAGGCUGUGAAGUCAGGUUCUGGUUGGAGAACCAGAGGUAUCCCAAAAGGUUAUGUGGCUCACUGUAAUUACCAACCAAAAACCAGCAUUAAACUUGGAGACUCAAGUUGAAGCUCUCAUUUGUGAAGACAUGCCGGAGCCUGUGCUGAGCUGCAGAACGAAGUUAGCCUUCCAAUUCCCAAGUUGAACUCUGACGAAUCUGUGAGGUACUCCCAGAAAACUGUUUGAGCCCUCAUUGCUUAGGCUUUGAGGCAGACAUCUGGAUUUGGGACUUCAGUGGCUCUGCAGGCUGUAGUGCCUGUUCAGCAUUAACGUCAGAGUACUUCCAAUACCACUACUAAUCACUGCAGUGUAGCCAGCACUCAAACAUACACUCUGGAAGUUUUAAGGAAACAAACAAGUUGUUUGAUUUGGGACACAGCUUUAAUAUUUUCCCCUUCAUAUGUUCAGUUAUUCAAUACAACAUCCUCUCCGGUAAACAGAAUAUACCCCAUUUUAAAUAGCAUUUAUACAUACCAACUGGCUGUUUACAGAAACUCUCCUGAGGCAAUGGUUCAUCAUGAGAAGAUCAGGUAAAAAAAUAAGAAGUGGCUUUAAGAAAAGAAGUUUUUCCUAUCCUGUCAGUUAAAGUUCCUCUUUCUCACAGCGCUCACGGGAAGAAACCCAACGAGUUACAAUCAGCUCCUGAAAUAAAACCCAGCAGUUAUUAUGGGAGG